AUGGUGCUGGUGUCCGGCAGCGCCCAGUGCAGUCGCUCCUGGCAGAUUUCUUUCUCGGCCCUUGUUCCCUUCGCGGUCGCGUUGGCUGCUGUCUUCCUCGGCUGGAAACUGUUCAGCAACAAGCAGCGCAAGGUCCUCAACCCCACUGAGUUCCAGCACUUCACCCUGAAGGCAAAGACCGACAUCUCCCACAAUGUGACCAUCUACCGUUUCGCUCUCCCCCGCCCCACCGAUAUCCUGGGUCUGCCCAUCGGUCAGCACAUCUCCCUCGCUGCCAACAUUGAGGGCCAGCCCAAGGAGGUUGUCCGCUCCUACACCCCCAUCUCCUCCGACAACGAGGCCGGCUACUUCGAUCUCCUGGUCAAGGCUUACCCCCAGGGUAACAUCUCCAAGUACUUGACUACACUGCAGGUCGGUCAGACCAUGAAGGUCCGCGGCCCCAAGGGUGCCAUGGUCUACACUCCCAACAUGUGCCGUCACAUUGGUAUGAUCGCUGGAGGUACCGGUAUCACUCCCAUGUACCAGAUCAUCAAGGCUAUUGUCCGCAACCGUCCCCGCAACGGUGGCAACGACAACACCCAGGUCGACCUCAUCUUCGCCAACGUUAACCCCGAUGACAUCCUCAUGAAGGACGAGCUGGAGCAGCUGGCCAAGGAGGACGACCGUUUCCGCAUCUACUACGUCCUCAACAACCCUCCCGAGGGGUGGACCGGUGGCGUUGGUUUCGUCACCCCCGACAUGAUUAAGGAACGCCUCCCUGCCCCUGCCAGCGACAUCAAGAUCCUCCUCUGCGGUCCUCCUCCCAUGGUCAGCGCCAUGAAGAAGGCCACCGAGUCUCUUGGUUACACCAAGGCUCGCCCCGUCAGCAAGCUCGAGGACCAGGUCUUCUGCUUCUAA